AUGACUACGCUCUAUCAACAAAGUAUUCCUGUGCUGGUCAAGUACCUCAAGAACCUUUCCUUCUUGCUUCAAAAAGGCGCCAAGUUUUGUGAAGAAAAGAGUCUAAAACAUGAAGAGAUGCUAUCUUAUCGACUCAUCUCCGAUAUGAGAGGUCUCCCCUACCAAGUCCAAUCCUGCUCCAACACAGCCAAAUUCCUCGCAUCACGCUUCGGCGCCCCCAACAUCCCCACCUUUGAAGACAACGAAGAAACAUUCGAACAUCUCCAAGAGCGAAUCACCAAAACAAUUGAAGUUUUAGAAAACGUGGACCCGGAAAUCAUCAACGGCAAGGAAGACGUCGAGAUCAUCAUGGAGUCCAAGGUGGGCAAUUUUCGCUUCACGGGACAGCGGUAUAUAAGUGAAUAUGCGAUUCCAAACUUUCACUUUCAUCUCACGUCUGCGUAUUGCAUCAUGCGCACGCAGGGAGUUCCUUUAGGCGCUUUUGACUACUUGAAGGAUGUUUUUGAAAAGGUUUGA